CCCGCCCCCUCUACAUCCGGGGCCUGGGCGGCGGCAGGGCCGCCGCGCGGAGGUCACGUGGUAUCUUCCUUUUCCGUCUUUGGCCGGCUGGGCGCGGGCGACUGCUGGCUGGGCGCGUGGAACCUUACGCUGGUUCCCCUUCGUCUCCUCUCCCGGCCCGGGCCAUUAGGGAGUUUGCUGACGCCGGGUGAGCUGAGCCAGCCGCCAAGAUGCCGGCCUAUUUUCAGAGGCCGGAAAAUGCCCUCAAACGUGCCAACGAAUUUCUUGAGGUUGGCAAAAAGCAGCCUGCUCUGGAUGUUCUUUAUGAUGUUAUGAAAAGUAAGAAACAUAGAACAUGGCAAAAGAUACACGAGCCAAUUAUGUUGAAAUACUUGGAACUUUGCGUGGAUCUUCGCAAGAGCCACUUGGCUAAGGAGGGGUUAUACCAGUAUAAGAACAUUUGUCAACAGGUGAACAUAAAAUCUCUAGAAGAUGUGGUUAGGGCAUAUUUGAAAAUGGCUGAGGAAAAAACUGAAGCUGCUAAAGAAGAAUCCCAGCAGAUGGUCUUAGAUAUAGAAGAUCUGGAUAAUAUUCAAACUCCUGAGAGUGUUCUCCUAAGUGCUGUAAGUGGUGAAGACACUCAGGAUCGUACUGACAGAUUACUUUUAACUCCAUGGGUUAAAUUCCUGUGGGAGUCUUACAGGCAGUGUUUGGACCUUCUUAGAAACAAUUCUAGAGUAGAGCGUCUUUACCAUGAUAUUGCCCAGCAAGGUAAGAUGAGAAGAUCAAAUCUGAGUGACAUGCUAAACUUUGUACUUUGUAGGAUGUCUACUAGAGUCCUCUUAGCCACUCUUUCCAUCCCUAUUACUCCUGAGCGUACGGAUAUUGCUCGACUUCUGGAUAUGGAUGGCAUUAUAGUUGAAAAACAACGUCGCCUUGCAACGCUACUAGGUCUUCAAGCCCCACCGACACGAAUUGGCCUUAUUAAUGAUAUGGUCAGAUUUAAUGUACUGCAGUAUGUUGUCCCAGAAGUGAAAGACCUUUACAAUUGGCUUGAAGUGGAAUUUAACCCACUAAAACUCUGUGAGAGAGUCACAAAGGUUCUAAAUUGGGUUAGGGAACAACCUGAAAAGGAACCGGAAUUGCAACAGUAUGUGCCACAACUGCAGAACAACACCAUCCUCCGCCUUCUGCAGCAGGUGGCACAGAUUUAUCAGAGCAUUGAGUUUUCUCGUUUGACUUCUCUGGUUCCUUUUGUUGAUGCUUUCCAACUGGAACGGGCCAUAGUAGAUGCAGCCAGGCAUUGCGACUUGCAGGUUCGUAUUGAUCACACUUCUCGUACCCUGAGUUUUGGAUCUGAUUUGAAUUAUGCUACUCGAGAAGAUGCUCCGAUUGGUCCUCAUUUGCAAAGCAUGCCUUCAGAGCAGAUAAGAAACCAGCUGACAGCCAUGUCCUCAGUACUUGCAAAAGCACUUGAAGUCAUUAAGCCAGCUCAUAUACUGCAAGAAAAAGAAGAACAGCAUCAGUUGGCGGUUACUGCAUACCUCAAAAAUUCACGAAAAGAGCACCAGCGGAUCCUGGCUCGCCGCCAGACAAUUGAGGAAAGAAAAGAGCGCCUUGAGAGUUUGAAUAUUCAGCGUGAGAAAGAAGAAUUGGAACAGAGGGAAGCUGAACUCCAGAAAGUACGAAAGGCUGAGGAAGAGAGGCUGCGCCAGGAAGCAAAGGAGAGAGAAAAGGAGCGUAUCUUACAGGAACAUGAACAAAUCAAAAAGAAAACUGUCCGAGAGCGUUUGGAGCAGAUCAAGAAAACAGAACUGGGUGCCAAAGCAUUCAAAGAUAUUGACAUUGAAGACCUUGAAGAAUUGGAUCCAGAUUUCAUCAUGGCUAAACAGGUUGAACAACUGGAGAAAGAAAAGAAAGAACUCCAAGAACGCCUAAAGAAUCAAGAAAAGAAGAUUGACUAUUUUGAAAGAGCCAAACGUUUGGAAGAAAUUCCUUUAAUAAAGAGUGCUUACGAGGAACAGAGAAUUAAAGACAUGGAUCUGUGGGAACAACAAGAAGAAGAAAGAAUUACCACAAUGCAGCUAGAACGUGAAAAGGCUCUUGAACAUAAGAAUCGAAUGUCACGAAUGCUUGAAGACAGAGAUUUGUUCGUAAUGCGACUCAAAGCUGCACGGCAGUCUGUUUAUGAGGAAAAACUUAAACAGUUUGAAGAGCGAUUAGCAGAAGAAAGGCAUAAUCGAUUGGAAGAACGGAAAAGGCAACGUAAAGAAGAACGAAGAAUCACUUACUAUAGAGAAAAAGAAGAGGAGGAGCAGAGAAGGGCAGAAGAGCAAAUGCUGAAAGAGCGUGAAGAGAGAGAGCGCGCCGAACGAGUGAAACGUGAGGAAGAGCUACGAGAGUAUCAGGAGCGGGUGAAGAAAUUAGAAGAAGUGGAAAGGAAAAAACGCCAAAGGGAGUUGGAAAUUGAAGAACGAGAACGUCGUAGAGAGGAAGAGAGAAGACUUGGCGAUAGUUCACUUUCUAGAAAGGACUCUCGUUGGGGAGACAGAGAUUCUGAAGGCACUUGGAGAAAAGGACCUGAAGCAGACUCUGAAUGGAGAAGAGGCCCACCAGAGAAGGAGUGGAGACGUGGAGAAGGGCGAGAUGAGGACAGGUCUCAUAGAAGAGAUGAAGAGCGGCCCCGGCGUCUGGGGGAUGAUGAAGAUAGAGAGUCCUCUCUUAGACCAGAUGAUGACCGGGUUCCCCGGCGUGGCAUGGAUGAUGACAGAGGCCCUAGACGUGGUCCUGAUGAAGAUCGAUUCUCUCGUCGUGGGGCAGACGAUGACCGGCCUUCCUGGCGUAACACAGAUGAUGACAGGCCUCCUAGACGAAUUGCUGAUGAAGACAGGGGAAACUGGCGUCAUGUGGAUGAUGACAGACCAUCUAGACGAGGACUGGAUGAGGACAGAGGAAGCUGGCGAACAGCUGAUGAGGACAGAGGACCAAGACGUGGGAUGGAUGAUGACCGGGGGCCGAGGCGAGGAGGUGCUGAGGAUGAGCGAUCAUCCUGGCGUAAUGCUGAUGAUGACCGGGGUCCCAGGCGAGGGUUGGAUGAUGACCGGGGUCCCAGGCGAGGGUUGGAUGAUGACCGGGGUCCCAGGCGAGGGCUGGAUGAUGAUCGAGGACCUUGGAGGAAUGCCGAUGAUGAUAGAGUUUCCAGGCGUGGUGCAGAGGAUGACAGGGGCCCUUGGAGAAACAUGGAUGAUGAUCGGCUCUCAAGACGUGCUGAUGAUGAUCGGUUUUCCAGACGGGGUGAUGACUCAAGACCUGGUCCUUGGAGACCAUUAGUCAAGCCAGGUGGAUGGAGAGAGAAAGAAAAAGCCAGAGAGGAGAGCUGGGGUCCUCCUCGAGAAUCAAGACCAUCUGAAGAACGUGAAUGGGACAGAGAAAAAGAAAGGGAUAGAGAUAAUCAAGACCGAGAGGAGAAUGACAAGGACCCUGAGAGAGAAAGGGACAGAGAGAGAGAUGUGGAUCGCGAGGAUCGCUUCAGAAGACCUCGGGAUGAAGGUGGCUGGAGAAGAGGACCAGCUGAGGAAUCUUCAAGCUGGAGAGACUCAAGCCGCCGGGAUGAUAGGGAUAGGGAUGACCGUCGCCGGGAGAGAGAGGACCGGCGUGAUCUAAGAGAAAGACGAGAUCUAAGAGACGAUAGAGACCGAAGAGGCCCUCCGCUCCGAUCGGAACGUGAAGAAGUAAGUUCUUGGAGACGUGCUGAUGACAGGAAGGAUGACCGGGCAGAAGAGCGGGACCCUCCUCGUCGAGUUCCUCCCCCAGCUCUUUCAAGAGACCGAGAAAGAGACCGAGAAAGAGAAGGUGAAAAAGAGAAGGCCUCAUGGAGAGCUGAGAAAGAUAGGGAAUCUCUCCGUCGUACUAAAAAUGAGACUGAUGAAGAUGGAUGGACCACAGUACGACGUUAAGUCUCAAGAUAAUGGAUUUAAACUGGUGUCAUAAAUAGGUUUGAUCACAUUCAAGGAUUAUCAUACUUGUGCUUCAACCAAUCUAAAUUGGAUUCUUUAAUGUUGUUUCACCAUAACACAAAAAGCAUGAACUUGUAUUAAUCCUAUAUAAUAGAUUGAUCAUGCACCAUAUCCACAGGAGGUUGGAAAAACCAUGCCAUUUUCUGGAAUUUAGGGCUGUGGCAUUAUUUCAUCAAUCAUUUGUUGACAAGAAACCUAAAAAAUAAAUUUAAAACGUGAACCUUCAGGUAUUGAGUAACACCUUUAUCUUGAUAUAGAACUGAUCUUUUUUUUAAAAUUUUAUUUUGAAAUAUAUUAAUUUGGAAUGAAGUAAGAUUCUGUUAAAGAAAACAUAUUUGAAGACCCUUUAAAGCAGGGAAUCUGAAACAAUUUUCACACUUUUUCAAGUGGUCGAAAUGUACCUCUUUUAGGUAUUUUGAGGUAUUUACCACAAACUAAAUUUAGAAAGUUUUUAGAUUGACUUUAAGUAAACAUUACAAACAUUGGAUACAGUGUGGUUUUCUUUAGAUUUUACUCGAGAGAAGGUGAGUAUAAAGCAAUUUGCAGUUACUAUUGUAAUGACAAGAAUACUGCCUAAGUGCAAAUCCAAACAGUACAGCUUUUAAAUUUUAAAGCAUUUGGUAAACUGUCGCUAAGUUUUUUUUUUUCUGUUGCCAAUAGCAAACUGCUUUUCCAUUAAUGGAGAAUUCAUGCCUUUCAAGCAUUUUAAAUAUGACAAUAUUUAUAAAUGUAUGGUUUGGAGGAAUCGUUUAAAUUCUCUUUCCUAAUUUUCUUUCUCUUCAAGAUAGAUUCUUUCAACAAGUAAUUUGUAGUAAUGACUGUGUUGACUUCAAUUUUGGAGUGUAGUAGCUAUGUUAAAGAUUAACUCUUUGGUCUCAUUGAAGCCAACACAGAACUUGCUGCUGUGUUUUUUCUUCAGUGAUAAAUAAAAUACUUACAGAA